AUGUUGACACAAGGAGCAGACACAGAUCAAGAGCCCACCAGGCCAACGUGGAGCAGACAGAUAGAGUUCACUUUGGCCGGCAUCGGCUGUGCUGUAGGUCUGGGCAAUGUCUGGAGGUUCCCCUAUCUUUGCUACCGGAGUGGAGGAGGUGCCUUUCUGGUGCCAUACCUGCUCAUGCUGGUGGUGUUGGGCAUCCCUCUGCUUUACAUGGAGCUGACUGUGGGGCAGUACACAAGGAGAGGUCCUGUACUUGCUCUGGCUACUGUCUGCCCACUGUUAAAAGGAGUGGGAAUUGCAUCGGUGGCCAUCUCCUUCAUUAUGUGUACCUACUACAAUGUCGUCAUCACCUGGGCUCUCUAUUACCUCUUCAGCUCCUUCCGGGCACCACUACCAUGGCAAAACUGCAACAAUACUUGGAACACACCUAACUGCACCAAUCACGCUACCAACAGCAGCUACUCCUCCACAGCUAGCCAAGAGUUCUUCAAAUAUAAGAUGCUAGAGCAGACUAGUGGAGUAGAGGAUACAGGAGUGCUCCGGUGGGAUCUUUUCCUCAUUCUCAUUCUGGCCUGGAUCCUCAUUUACUUUUGCAUCUUUAAGGGGGUGAAAUCAACAGGCAAGGUGGUGUACUUUACUGCCCUGUUCCCGUAUGUUAUUCUGAUUGCCCUGCUGAUCAAUAAUGCACAGCUUCCUGGAGCAUUAGAGGGGAUAAAGUUCUUCAUUGUGCCUGUGUGGGAUGAGCUGCUCUCAGUAGAGGUGUGGGUGAAUGCUGCGGCUCAAAUCUUUAACUCCAUUGGGAUUGGUUUUGGCUCGCUCAUGGCAAUGUCCAGCUACAAUGACUUCAACAACAACAUUUUGAAGGACACACUGAGCAUAUCCAUUAUCAACUCCAUAACCAGCAUCCUGGCAGGGUUUGUCAUUUUCUCUGCCUUUGGGUAUAUGUCAUACCUGCAGGGCAUUCCUGUCAGUGAUCUGGCUGUGGAUGGUCCAGGACUAGUUUUUGUUGUUUACCCGCAAGCCUUUGCCAACAUGCCAGUGGCUCAGCUCUGGGCAGUGUUGUUCUUCUUUAUGCUGCUUUGCCUCGGACUGGACAGUGAGUUUGCAAUGGUUGAAGUGAUGGUCACCAGCCUCAUGGAUCAAUUCUACAAAGACGUGAUUCACAUUUUCAAGAAAAAGGAACUGUUUGUUCUUGCGGUUUGUUUCGUAGCCUGCCUCUUUGGAAUUCCUUGUGUCAUGCAGGUGGGAAUCUAUGUUUUCCAGCUGAUGGAUCAUUACACUGCCAUAGUAUCCAUCAUGUUUCUGGCAUUCUUUGAGGUCAUGGCCACCUGUUGGAUUUAUGGUGUAAAAAGACUUUCAGCCAACCUGGAGGAGAUGAAUGGACACAAAGCAAACAUCUUCUUCAGACUGUGUUGGCUUAUAGUUGCUCCUGUGCUCAUCACUGUCAUCCUGAUUUUCUCCAUCAUUCAAUUCAAACCUGCCCGCUAUGGGGAGUACGUCUUCCCUCCCUGGGGUCAGGGGGUCGGCUGGAUCAUUGCUUUGGCCUCCAUCAUCUGGAUUCCUCUGGGUGCCAUUCACACUUUGUGGGUGCUGCCUGGCUCCAUCAUGGAGAAAUUAAAGCUGUCCCUCACACCGUAUGCGCUGAAUGAAAAGUCAAACAUGCCGUACUAUGAGAGGGGAGGACCAGGUGGAAAUCCACCCAUCGCUGUCAUCAGCCCCAGCUUCGAUCUACCUGAAAAGCAUCCUGCUGAGACGUACUUCUGAUGCCUCAGUGUUUUGCAGGCCACCUACAGUGGCAGAUUACUGUUAAGCUUUAACUAAUCACAGAUUUAUGUCUUCAAUCUUUGUCAAUUUUCUGGUCAAAUUUAACCAACACGUGUUACAAGAAUGUACAUGAUUGUGAUCCAUAUCUACUAUGCAGAGCAUUUAAUGCAACAGGAUUUUUUUUUUCUGGAAAGACGUUGUUUAGAAUUAGCUGUCACUGUGUGUAUCUUCAGUGUACUUCUUUGUGAAAGAGCUCCAAAGGGCAAAGGAGUAGACUUCGCACAUUUCACUGCCCUCGUUUAUGGAAACUUUGCUAA